CAAUAUCACUGAAAAAAAAUUAUUGUCGAACCGCAAGCGCAAGUUUAGGUACAAUGCGCUUGUUUACAUCAACAAAAGAUCGUGUUUUCAUAAAAAUCAUCACAUUAAAACCUAUUAAAUUAUAAAUACCAAAUGUGAAGUGACUUUAAAAAUGUAUUCGAUCAGGAAGUCAAUGAAAGAAAAUUCAUCGACGCCCAAGCGGCGCCGUCUCGGCAUGUCAAAGAUUUUGCGGUCGCCAGAAUUCUUAAAUAAAAAGAAUCUAGAUGUGUUUUCGGUAUGUAGUCCGAAAAGUGUACAACUACUGAAGCAAACAGAGCGUUGUGAAUCUCCCCCGCUUCCUUGCAACCAAAUAGAAUAUUUGUGUGACUCCGGUAACAAUAGCUCAACAUGUAGUGAAAUACCAUGCUCGCCCGGCGUUUUGAACAGCUCCGUAGUGAGGGAUAUUGAGAACUGGGAUUCUUUAUUAGUAACGAAAGUUUCGACAACGCAGAAUUUGGCAGAAAUUGAAGAUAUUUCUGAUGACAUGUUCUAUUCAAGAUUAGAGCAAUCAUGUAACGACGAAAUCCUGACAUUGCGAUGCGAGCAGCAUUUUCGAGAGAAUAUCGAAGAAACUUUCGCAGCUGUUAAUGACUCUAUUUAUCAGAAAGUUCACAAUCAAGAGGCUAAAGAUAGUUUAUUUGAAACAAAAGAUUCCUUUUUGCUGGAUAUCAAAGAAACUUGUAUAUUAAAUGAAAAUGGAAAAGUUAAAGGGAUAAUGUCUGACAAUGUAGAUCAUUUCUAUGGCUUACCGGCUAAGACAAAGAGUUUUUUCAAAAGUUACAGGAAUAUUGAGAAAUUUUAUGAUUGGCAAGAAGAGUGUCUAAAGUUAGAUGCAAUCAGAGAGAGGCGUAACCUAAUUUAUGCCUUACCAACAAGCGGGGGCAAGACGCUGGUAGCGGAGGUCCUAAUGCUGCGUGAGGUGCUCAACAACAAGAAGAAUGUGCUGUUCAUCCUGCCGUUUGUCGCUAUUGUGCAGGAGAAGAUCUGGGCACUUUCCCCAUUCGCCGUCAACCUGGACUUCCUAGUAGAAGAGUAUGCCGCAGGCAAAGGCCACAUUCCCCCGAAGAAGCGCAGAAGCAAGCACAGCAUCUACAUAGCAACAAUAGAGAAGGGGCUGGCGCUGGUGCGGAGUCUGAUCGAACUUGGCAGGCUGAAUGAGAUCGGACUCAUGGUGGUAGACGAAUUGCAUCUGAUCGGCGAAGCGGGUCGCGGAGCCACGCUCGAGACUCUGCUGUCCACGGUACUGUUCGCUAACCAGGGUAUCCAGAUAGUGGGCAUGAGCGCGACCAUCGGCAACCUCCCGGCGGUGGCCCGCUUCCUGCGCGCCGACGUCUUCCAGCGGGACUUCCGGCCCGUCACGUUGGACGAGUACGUCAAACUGGGCUCCACACUGUAUAAGAUCAGCGCAGGCGGCGAGGCGGAGCCCGAGAGGGAAUUGAAUUUCAAUUACACGUCAGCGGCCACAACCCUCGACCCUGACUGCGUGGGUGGGCUAGUCUCCGAGGUGGUGCCGUCCUCCUCCUGCCUCGUCUUCUGCCCCACCAAGCGGAAUUGCGAGAACGUGGCCAAUCUACUGUGCAAGCUGCAACGCAAAGAGAUGGCGUUGCACCGAACAGCGGAGCGCCAAUCGUUAGAAGCGGCGCUGAAGGCCGAAGGCGCGGCGCCGGCGCUCGCGCGCUCCGUGCGCUACGGCGUCGCCUACCAUCACAGCGGGCUGGCCAGCGACGAGCGGACGCUACUGGAGCAAGCUUUUAGGUCGGGCGUGAUAUCGGUGUUGUGCUGCACGUCGACGCUGGCGGCCGGCGUCAACCUGCCCGCGCGCCGCGUCAUCAUCCGCGCGCCGCGCGUGGGGCGGGGCUUCAUCACGCUCGGCGCCUACCGCCAGAUGUGCGGCCGCGCCGGCCGGGCCGGGGUCACGGACUCCGGCGAAAGCAUAAUAAUCUGCAGCGCCGCGGACUGGCCCGAGCUGCAGUCGGUCCUCCGCAACGGUCUGCCGCCGGUCGUGAGCUGUCUCCCCGACGCGUGCUGCGGCCUCGUCCUCAGCGGAGUGGCUCUGCAGCUGGCGGGCACGAGGAGCGAGCUUCGUGGGCUGUUGAACACCACGUUCAUGGCUACGAGCUCAGAAGUGGACAUAAAGAAAAUAUGCGACGAGUCUAUCCGCUCGCUCAUACAGACCGGCGCCCUCGACGUCGGACCGAGGAUAGUCUACAGCGAUAGCAAACUGACUGUUAGUAAACUAGGACGGGCGGCUAUCAAAGGUUGCAUGGAGCUCUCAGUAGCCAAACAGAUGCUGCAAGAUCUAGAAUCAGCGUCUCGCGGCCUGGUACUAAUGGGAAGCUUGCAUUUGCUCUAUCUAGUGACACCACACGACGCGGCCGGCGUGAGGCCAGACUACAGGCAUUACUAUUCGCUGUACUGCAACCUGGACGAGGACGCUGUGCAGACGGCGAAGAUUCUCGGCAUCACCGAGAUGAACGCCAUCCGGAUGAUGACUGGCAAACCGAUCACGAACGUAUCUGAAAAAGUUCUGUGCCGAUUUUACGUGGCCUUGAUGCUGUACGACCUGUGGAAGCAGGUGCCCUUCCACGCUGUCGCAGACAAAUACUGCGUGUCGCGCGGGAUCGUGCAGACUGUCAUGGCGUCCGCCGCAGCUCUUGCGUCGAGCGCCACGCGCUUCUGUGAGGAGCUGGAACAUCUGUGGACCUUCAGGGCGUUGUUCAGCGAAUUAUCCCCUCGCCUGGCGCACUGCGCCGCGCCCGAGCUCAGCCAGCUCAUGGAGCUGCCGGCCGUCAAGAAGGCGCGCGCGCUGCAGCUGAUGCGCGCCGGCUUCAAGCGCGUCGAGGACCUGGCGAAGGCUUCAGUCGACCACCUCGCAGCGUCCGUCGCCCAUCUCUCGAGGUCCGCCGCCACACACCUCGUGAGCGCCGCUAGAAUGAUGUUGAUCGAGAAAGUGGAAAACUUGCGCGCAGAAGCCGAAGAUGUCAUGGAAGAGUUGAAGGUGUAACAUAAAGUCAUAAAAUUAUGUUCCUAUUAUAAUAAGUUGCCAUCUAUAAUUAUAUAUAUCCAUAUCCAUAUAUAGGAAUAAUGAACUAGAAAUUUCCAUCUUCCACAUUAUAGUUCUACUAUUAAGGUGUGGAGGUAUGGAGUGGUUUUGGUUCGCUCAUAUACUUUCUACGGGUAUAACCUAAACGAAAUAAGCCUUUUAAAUAUUCUGAAAUAACAACUUAGUUGUGCCUUUAAAUGACUAUGAAUUGAAUGGUUAUGUAUUAUGGUUGUGAAAAAAAUAUUAUGUAAUAAUAUUUGCAUUAAAAUAAUAAUCUUAAGAAUUAAGUAAAAAUUAGUAAAGACUGAUCGAUAGUGAGUAGUGAGUUACUUUGUGUUAAAUAAUUGCUAAUGUAUUAAAUUAAAUCUAAAUAUAAUAAGUGAC